GGGCGGGCGUGACUACCACUUCCUUUUCCUGUGAGAGCCGUCGGGCUGCGAGGAGCGUGGCCGUCAGCUCUCUCGCCAUGGCGUGCGCUCGGCCACUGAUCUCGGUGUAUUCGGAGAAGGGGGAGUCCUCGGGCAAGAAUGUCACGCUGCCCGCCGUGUUCAAGGCCCCCAUCCGCCCCGACAUCGUGAACUUUGUUCACACCAACCUGCGCAAGAACAACCGGCAACCCUAUGCCGUCAGUGAACUGGCAGGUCACCAAACCAGUGCCGAGUCUUGGGGUACUGGCCGAGCUGUGGCUCGAAUUCCCAGGGUGCGAGGCGGUGGCACCCACAGAUCCGGCCAGGGUGCUUUUGGGAAUAUGUGCCGAGGAGGCCGCAUGUUUGCACCAACCAAAACCUGGCGCCGCUGGCACCGCAGGGUGAACACCACCCAGAAGCGCUACGCCAUCUGCUCGGCUCUGGCUGCCUCUGCCCUGCCAGCCCUGGUCAUGUCAAAAGGUCACCGUAUUGAGGAAGUCCCCGAGCUCCCUCUGGUGGUUGAAGAUAAAGUGGAAGGCUACAAGAAGACCAAGGAGGCGGUCUUGCUUCUCAAGAAACUGAAGGCGUGGAAUGAUAUCAAAAAGGUUUACGCCUCCCAGCGCAUGAGGGCUGGUAAGGGGAAGAUGAGAAACCGCCGGAGGAUCCAGCGCCGUGGGCCCUGCAUCAUAUACAAUGAGGACAAUGGCAUCAUCAAGGCCUUCAGAAACAUCCCAGGAAUCACACUGCUCAACGUGAGCAAGCUGAACAUUCUGAAGCUCGCUCCUGGGGGCCACGUGGGGCGCUUCUGCAUCUGGACCGAGAGCGCCUUCCGCAAGCUAGAUGACUUGUACGGCACGUGGCGCAAAGCUGCCUCUCUGAAGAGUAACUACAACCUGCCCAUGCACAAGAUGCUCAAUACAGACCUCAGCCGGAUCCUGAAGAGCCCCGAGAUCCAGAGAGCCCUGCGGGCACCACGCAAGAAGAUUCACCGCAGAGUCCUGAAGAAGAACCCGCUGAAGAACCUCAGGAUCAUGCUGAAGCUGAACCCCUACGCCAAGACCAUGCGGCGGAACACCAUCCUGCGGCAGGCCAGGAAUCACAAACUGCGUGUGGAGAGGGCAGCUGCAGUGCUGGCCGCCAAGUCCGACAAGAAGGAGGGUGCAGACAAGAAGCCUGUGGUGCUGAAGAAGGUCAAGAAACCGAGGGCUGUGGGCAUCAAGCAGAAGAAGCCAGUGGUGGGGAAGAAGGCCGCCACGGCCAAGAAACCAGCAGGUGCCAAGAAACCUACUGACAAGAAAACGGCCCCAGAAGACAAGAAGUCCACGGCAUAAACUCAGAUGUGCUUGUUGCAGAAGGCUCAGUUCCUUUUGGGGCAACUUAUUUUGAAUAAAGGCCCGAUCACAAA